ACCCGGUUCCAACCUAACACGCCUUUGCCGUUGUAGGGGUUGCUCACUUUACCUACUGAAGGUGGGCCGCUAACUGCCUUUCUUUACCCUGCCGUAUCGAAUUGCGAGAGAGAGAGAGAGAGCAGGGUACCGAUCAUUCGAUCGAUUACCUCACGCAUCUCAGUUCCAGAUUUGGAGUACUCCAGAGGAAGGCGAAAGGACGAACGAAGCUUGCGUGCUUGAGCGCUCCUCCUUCUGAUGCUUUCUUUAUGAUAGAUGCCAAGCGCUUGGACACAUAUGAGCUAUGGAAUCAUACAUAGGCAUGUAACUGGGGAAUGGGAGAAAUCAGGGUCAAGUUGUGGGUAUUUAUAUAAUUGGAGUUCAUGCUCACUCUCAGAAGAUCUAUUCAUCUGCAAAAAAUUUGGAGAGCAAAUUUUGUUUCAAAUAAAUUAUAGCUUUGGAGCAACUUGGAGCAUAUGAGCAAUGGAGAGGAGAGCAAAUUUUAUUUCAAAUAAAUUAUAGCUUUGGAGCAACUUGGAGCAUAUGAACAAGGGAGAGGAGAGCAAAUUUUAUUUCAAAUAAAUUAUAGCUUUGGUGCAACUUGGAGCAUAUGAGCAAAUGGAGCUUGUGGAGCACCGUUCACCUCAAGGAUUGCUCUCUUGUGGAACAUAUUCACUGAGUAGUCUCUCCCGUAUUGAAAAUGAGUGGUCGUUUUUCUCGAACAAUUUACGUUGGUAACCUGCCUGCAGACAUAAGGGAAUCGGAAGUUGAAGAUCUGUUUUACAAGUAUGGUCGUAUAUUGGAUAUUGAAUUGAAGAUUCCUCCACGGCCUCCUUGCUAUAGUUUUGUGGAGUUCGAGAAUGCUCGGGAUGCUGAAGAUGCAAUCAGAGGACGGGAUGGCUACAACUUUGAUGGUUGUCGGUUAAGGGUUGAGCUUGCCCAUGGUGGUAGAGGUCCAUCUUCUUCAAGUGAUCGUCGUGGUAGUUAUGGUGGUGGUAGUGCGGGGCGUUAUGGGAUUUCACGUCAUUCUGAGUACCGAGUUAUUGUUCGUGGUCUUCCAUCAUCUGCUUCAUGGCAAGACUUGAAGGAUCAUAUGCGAAAAGCUGGUGAUGUGUGCUUUGCUGAAGUUUCCCGGGACAGCGAGGGAACCUUUGGUCUUGUUGAUUAUACCAAUUAUGAGGACAUGAAAUAUGCUAUUCGGAAACUUGAUGAUACUGAAUUUAGAAAUCCUUGGACCAGAACUUAUAUUCGGGUGAAGAGGUAUGAGAGCAGUCCAUCAAGGAGCCGCAGUAGAAGCAGAAGCCCUCCAAGGAGGAAUAGGAGCAGAUCUCCAGAACAUUCUGCAUCCAGAUCACCAUCAAGAUCUAGAUCCCAGUCUCCUUUGAGGUCAACAAGACCAAGAUCAAGGUCGAGGUCAGCAUCUCCUCGUCAGGCACGAUCUGGCAGUGGCUGAUUUGCGUGCAACUUGACCUUGUAGCUUGCUCGCUCAGAUGGGAGGGACAAAUAGAUGGGAGAGCGUAGUCUGUUGUGUUGUGUGCGCGCUAUCUGGGUGGGCCGAAUUGCUCAGAAGUGUCAUUUUGGAACAUUAAUAUCUAGAAAUAUGUGGAACUUGGUAGAUGUCACUGAGUCUGACCGUACUCUCUUUUAUUGUGAAUUCACCUAGUGGCUGGUAAAUUCCUAGCGUUUGUUUUGUUGUUGACUGCAUAUUGAACAACUUAUUGGCCUAAAUGAUCAAGUCUUGGGAUGUCA